CAUUUGGCAUUGUGCAACCAACCAUCCAUUCAGAGCCAGAGUAAAAGCAGUAAAAAAAACUGCUGACACCAACUUCCUCUCAGGAUGAGAGUCACAUGGCAAGGUCAAAAUACACUUGAGUAAAAAAUAAACUUCCAUAAAGCUGACAGCUUCUACGCUAAUGAGGUUUCUCAUUUAUUUUUAGGUGUAUUUUUGCAGCUGAGGCCUAGAUUAAGAGUAAAUAACCAUGAAAGUCUUCACCCCUGUGCUAGUUUUUCAAAAAAUGCCCACUGGGAAAGGCAGAGACAAAUUCAGCAUUCAGUGUUUGGAGUGUUUUGGUAAAAACCUCUAUAUAGGGACCAAAGAGGGAGUCGUUGAGUACCUCACUGUAAAUAACACAAGCGCUGAAGAAAGCCUUUCAGUGCGGGAGGUGGGGAAGAGACAGAUGGGCCGAAGCGGAGCAGUCAGCCAGCUGACGGCGGUCCCUGUUCUGAAUCAUCUCUUAGUUCUCUGGGACGGUUCGGUCACGGUGCUUAACAUGUUCUCCCUGGAACUCCUUCCUGCCCUGAAGAAAAUACAGAACGUGUCACUCUUCUGUAUCAGUGAGUCAGCGGUUCAGACUGAUUCCAUUGAGCUCAUUGCAGCUUCGACCAAGAGGAAAACAGUGAGCGUUUAUAAGGUGUGUGUGGACAGAUGGGAGUGUGUGAGACAGGUGGCUCUGCCGCAGGAACCUGUGGUUCUGGCUGCGCAUGGGACGUGUCUGUGUGUGGCCACUUGUGACAGAUAUUUUCUCCAUGAUUAUCAGAGCCAAACCACCCUCGAUCUCUUCCCACAUAACCUGGGAAAGCAAAAUAUCAUUGCCAACAAAUGUGGAAAAGGAGAAUUCAUUUUGAAUGGGCCUGGAUGUUUGGGCAUGUUUGUGAUGAAGAAUGGCACUUCCCAGCAUCCUCCAGUACAGUGGCCUGAUGGAGUGGUGGAUGCUGCAGUUCAUUUCCCAUAUGUGCUAGCGCUACAGAAUCAGACUAUUUAUAUCUACAGCAUUCUGGACCAGCAGCUGAAGCAAACUGUCCCUUUACAAAGUGCCAAAUCUCUCGUCUCAACAGAAGAAAGUGUUUUUGUUGUUGCUGACAAAGAGAUUCAUCGGCUGUCACCAGUUCCUUUGCAGGAUCAGAUUGAAGACCUUGUUAAGAAUCAGAGAGUUGAUGAAGCUCUGAUGCUGCUGGACAGACUUCAAGAUCUCCUGCCAAAAGAUUCAUACAAGGAUCUGCAUAAAAAUGUCAUCUGUACAUCUGGAAUGAUAAAGUUCUAUAGAGAGGCUUUUGUUGAAGCAAAAGAUCUUUUUAUUAAAGGUGAACUAGACCCACGGGAAAUCAUUAGCCUUUAUCCAGCUAUGCCUGUUAUGAGUGAAGACUUUACACCUCAGACAACAGCAGUGAGCAAUGCCAAGGACCUGUGGAUGUUAAGUCGGGACGAUUGGCCGACAUAUCAGCAGUACCUAAUCUUCUUGGAUGACUUCUUGAGAGAAGUCAGACCAACAGGACAGGGCCAAAUGUGUCCUCAGGACAUCGACUCAGCACUUUUUAAGCUGUAUUUGGAACAAGGUGAAUACGGCAAACUGGACCAGCUCGUGUCGUCGCAGAAUAACUGUAACCUCCAAAUGUGUGUGCCUGACUUGGAACAGCACAGAAGGUUUUUUACACUUGGAUUGCUCUAUCAAAGUCAAGGCCAGCAUUUCAAUGCAAUUCAGACCUGGGUUAAAAUUGUGGAAGAGCAGAGCGAGGACCCCUCACACAUCAGCGUGUUCCAGCAUAUAGUUAAUACACUCUCAAAUCUGGAACAUAAACCCAUCAUCUGGAAAUUUGUAGACUGGGUUCUUCAGAGAGACCAAGAGGCUGGAAUACUGAUCUUUACAAAGAAGCAUACAAGCAGCCAUGUUAAAUUUGCGCCAGAAGAAGUCCUUACCAUCCUCUCCAGCUACCCACUUGCUCUGACUCUCUUCUUGGAAUAUUUAGUCAGUGAAUUACACAGCAAGGAAGAAAAGCAUCAUACCAUGCUCGUCACAUCAUAUGUCAAAUGGAUACUGCAGUCGAUUGAGGAUGAAUACAACAAUAAAACAAGCAAGGAAGAGAUGAGACAUAAACUACAGCAAAUACUUUGGCAAUCUCCUUUCUAUAACGUGGACGCCAUAUAUAACCAAAUAACACCCUCGUUUCUUCAUGUGGAGAGAGCUAUUUUACUUGGGAAGUCUGGCAAACACAAAAAGGCCCUGCAGGUUUUGGUCCACGAAGAAAAAGACCAGCAGGCUGCUGAAAGCUACUGUCGGAGGACCUCUGCAGGACGAGACAGGAAGUUCACACAGGGAGUGUUUCUCUCCCUGCUUCAAAUCUACCUCGAGUCCUGUCAACAUGUUAUCACGGCAGUGGAUCUGCUGAACAAAAAUGCAGCGUCUUUCGAUUUAGUCAGCGUGUUGAGGGUGCUGCCGGACUCCUGGUCUCUUAAACUGGUUCUGCGGUUCCUCAGUGAAUCACUGAGAGGAACGGUGCAUGACAAAAGAAUGAGAGGGCUGGAGAUGAGCCUAGCCAAGGUGGAAACCCUAAGACACAAGCAUGUCUGGAUGGAAGCAACGCAUGAAAAAAUCAGAGUUGACGGAGGAUGUGUUUGCCAUUCAUGCCAGAAACGUCUUACAGGGCCCGAGUUCCUGCGCAGGCCGACAGGAGAGCUGACACACAUAUCCUGUCACGGUGGAGAAAGCGGACACUGAACAACAAAGACACUAUUGUUCACUCAUAUUCACAUUUUUACUUUACAGUUAUACUCUAAGCAGAUGCUGUUUUACUAGGCUGCCUACAAUAAAGACUGUAAUUACUUGGACAGUAGGCAAUUACUAGCACAAAUUGCUGAGAACAUGCGAAGACACCAACAAAGCAAGCCACAAUACGAGCAGGAAACCCACAACAACUGCACAUAUACUCCACCACAAUAUAUAGCUGGGAUGAUGUUGUACAGUUUAAUGCAUACGGACAAACGUGACCCUAGACAACAAAACUAGUCAUAUGGGUAAUUUUUUAUUUAUUUAUUGAGAUUUAUAAUACACAUCAUCUGAAAGCUGAAUAAAUAAACUUUCCAUUGAUAUAUGAGAGUUUCUUUUUUAGGAUAGGACAAUAUUUAAAAAAUUAAAAUUACAUUUAAAGUUGUCCAAAUGAAGUCCUUAGCAAUACAUAUUAUUAAUUAAGAAAUUUGAUAUAUUAUCGGUAGGAAAUGCUCAAAAUAUCUUCAUGGAACAGGAUCUUUACUUAAUGUACUAAUUAUUUUGGGCUUAAAAGAAAAAUCAAUCAUUUUGACCUGUACAAUGUAUUGUUUGCUAUUGCUACAAAUAUACUUGUGCAACUUAUGACUGGUUUUGAGGUCUAGGGUCACAAAUGACAAUAUUUUUAUCCACAUUAAAACAUGUUAUAGUUUUAUUAUUAGAAUAAUGUAUUAUAGUGCAAGAUAAAGAUUCAGAAUUGCAAAAAACGGAUCAGAUUUCUGACUUAUGAUUCUGACCAUAUUACACUUUUUUUUCUCAGCAUUGCAAAGGUCGAAAUUGUUUUUGAAAGAAGUCUCUUACAGGAUCAAAAAUGACAGGAAAACUGGUAAGGUUGUGAAAUAUUCUUACAAUUUAAAAUAACUUUAGAUUGUUCUAUUUUAAUAUUUAUUUUUACGUAUUCAUUUGAUGGGAAAGCUGAAUUUUCAGCAUCCACUUCUCCAGUCUUUUGAUCGUUCAGAAAUCAUUAUACUAUGUUUAUAUGGCCAUUAUUAUUAAAGUUAAAAUCAGUUAUGCUGCUGACUAUAUUUUUGGCAUACAUAAUACAUAUAUUUUUAGGAUUCUUUGAAUAGAUUUUAAAUUUAAAACAAUAUUUUUUUAACACUUUUGAUCAAUUUAAUGCAUCCUUGGUUAAUAAAAGUAUUAAUAUCUGUCAAAUUAACUCAACUUUUUUUUUUACAUUAUUUUACAGUCAUUUUCUCUUUUAUAACACCCAUAUUAUUCAAGAACAGGCCAAAGCAUAGGCAUGCCCAUAUAAAUAAUAAUAAACUAUUCUUUCAGCCAUGUUCAUUCAUGCUUCAUGUAGAUUCAUUGAGGCUGUAUGUCUUCUUGGCUGAAAUGACCUUUGCAUACUAUGGGCCUCGACAUUGGUUCCAGAGAGCAAACUAUAUUAUAAACAAGUCAGCAUCUCUUUUACACCCACUGGACUAGGUUGGCUCAGUGCUGACUGCUUCUAGCCCAAGCAUGGUGAGGAACUGGCAGCCUGACAAACCCAGGCAGUAUACCACUUCAGAACAUGGUGCUCUCCAGACAAGCCACCUUAUGUGGACAAUUUCUCAAACCAGACUGUUUAGUUUGUGGACAUGAAAAUAUAAAUCACAAAAUGCCUCAAAUAUGUUAUCCACGUAAAUCAGAAAAUACCAGACAGACUGUGAUAUGUCAAAGUGAUUCACUGUUGCAUAAAGUUUUAAGCGUCCAUUCCUGUUAAAAAUAAAUAUCUUGCCACUCUUG